AUGGCAAUAGUGGUCAUGUUUCUAUCCAAUUUAUUUGAAGAAAGACUAGCUGGUACUUUUCAUAAGUAUGGACAGCUAAUAGCAAGAAAUCCUGUUCCAGCAAUAAUGUUUGCAAUCAUGCUGAAUGGCCUUUUGGGCAUUAACAUUUUGUGGAUGAGGUCCAAUAGUGAUCUGACAGUUUAUACCCCUAGUAAUAGCCAGGCAUACAAAGAUAGUGCGUUGGUGCGAGACAUUUUUCCCGAUUUCACUGGUACAAAUUUCUAUGAACAAAGCUUGCUUGAUCUUGGCAGGUAUGGAAGUAUCAUCAUAAAAUCACCAAACGAUGGAAAUGUAUUGAACGAAACAUUUCAAUCAUAUAUAAAUACAAUUAUAAAAACGGUAGAAGAAAUGUCGAUCGAACACGAAGACCAGACUUAUUCAUAUGAAAGUUUAUGUGCACUUCGUAAUGGUACUUGUGUCGCCAGUUAUUCAGUAUUGUUUUCUGACUAUUUUUGGAAACAGGUUGCAGUGGGAAAUGUCACCUUCCCUGUAUUUAUGACAUACGAUGGUAAGAAGGAAAUACUAGAUCAAACACUUGGUGGUGUUAAAACAAAUGCAGAUGGACUUGUAGUAUUUGUUACAGCUUUGAAAAUAAAUUUCUACUUAAGGCAAGACUUGCAUGCAAGCAAUUCGUUAGCAUCGAAUUGGGAACAGAAAUUCAUUGAUACAUUUCAGUCUUUUGUGUCCAAUGAAGACAAUAAAAAUAUAAGUAUUGCAUUUGCUAAUUCAGACUCUCUUGGCAAAGAACUAGAUGCCAAUACUGGUGGUGAUGUUUCGUAUUUUUCUUUAACGUUUACGUUGAUGAUUACAUACGCCUCUUUCGUGGCAGCUGGUGGUAACUGUGUAUCGAAUACUGGACAUUUAGGGCGUGCGGGAGUGAUUGCUAGUGGUUUAUCCAUUUUAGGUGCCUUUGGACUUGGCAGUGCUUUACAAGUGGAAUUUGUAAACAUCGUUGGAGUCAUGCCAUUUCUCAUAAUUGGUAUUGGUGUGGAUGAUAUGUUUAUUCUGAUGUCAGGACUAGCAUCUGCACCUUUAGGCAAAUCAACUGAAGACCGUGUUGGGACAACUAUGCAGUCAAGUGGAGUAGCUAUCACAAUAACAUCACUGACAAAUGUUACAGCGUUUGCGGUAGGGAUGUUGUCAUCAUUUCAAAGCGUCAGAAACUUCUGUUUUUACUCUGGUUUGGCCGUGCUACUGUGUUAUGUCAAUCAGAUGACUUUUUUUCUUGGUUGUAUGAGCAUACAUGAACGAAGAGUUGCAGCUCAAAGACAUUGCAUUACAUGCCUUACAACAAAAAGCAGGGAAGAAAUGAAUAGCGAAGGAGAAAGUUGUUUAAAAACAACAUGUUGUGGUGGAUCCCCGCCUUCCUCGAGAAGCGACCAAGAAAGUUUUUUUCAAAAGUUUCCAUCAAUUGCAUUUCCUAAAUUGGUCUUAUGGUUUCCAUUUAAAGUUUUAGUAAUAGUAGGCUUUUUGGUUUAUUUGGGAUUCUCAAUAUGGGGAGUUGUUCACUUAAAGCAUGGUCUUCUACUCCGUAAUUUGGUGUCAAAAUCAUCAUAUUACCAUUCAUACAGUAUCUGGGAUUAUGACCAUUUUCCAUCACAAUUUAUCGUUUCCUUCAUUUUUCCCUCACAUGUAAAUUAUGGAUCGAUCGAAUCUCAAGAGCCAUUUGCUGAUCUUUUUACUAAAAUCAGACAGGAUCAGGGCAUAAAUACAGAAAAUGAAAUUAACUGGAUGAUUUCAUAUAGAUCGUCAAAUAUUUAUGACAAUUCAUCUGAGCACUCGUUUUGCUUGAAUUUAAAAAAAUACAUUUUGAAUUCAUCGUUCUCAAAUGAUGUUAUAUUUAGCGACAACUGUACCAUUUCACAUUCAAGAGUUCACAUGGUUACAAAUGAUAUCAAAGACUCAUAUAUGCAAGGAGAGUUGAUGUUGCGGAUAAGAAAAUUAACGGAAAAUUCAAACUUAGGAAUAUUUUCUUUCUCGCCUGCUUUCAUCUAUUUUGAGCAGUAUGUCGCCGUUCUUCCGAAUACACUUCAGACAGUUGGUAUAUCAGUGGUUGCUGUUCUUAUUGUAACUAGUAUAUUCCUGUCAAAUGCAUUAGUCAUUUUGUUAGUAACCUUGUCAAUGGCAUUCAUAAUGUUGGGAAUUUUCGGUUUCAUGCAUAUUUGGGGACUUUCUUUAAGUUCGAUUACUAUGAUUCAUCUAAUAAUGAGUGUCGGAUUUUCUGUUGAUUACACAGCACAUAUAUGUCAUGCUUUUUUAACUGUUGAUGGGGAAAAUAGAAAUGAGCGGGUAAGUGAAGCAAUCAUUUUGUCAGGUGGUCCAAUAUUUAAUGGGGCCAUGUCAUCAUUGAUUGGAAUUAUCAUGCUCGCAUUUUCUGAAUCUUACGUUUUCACUUCUUUCUUUAAAGUAAUGGUUCUUGUAAUUUUGUUUGGUCUUGGCCAGGCAAUUUUUUUUCUCCCUGUUAUUUUGUCACUUAUUGGGCCUAACAAAACUCCAAUGCAAGAAAAGAAAACAAUAUUUACGAAAGAAAUGCAUGCACAUGUAAAUACAGGAUUUACUUAACACGACAGUCGCUUAUAAAAGAAAGAAAAAGAUCGACUAUCGAUUUAUAAUAUAUUAUCAAUUUUAUAAAGCUUUUUUAUAUUGGGAUCUCAAAGUUUCAGUUU